UUAUUUGAACAUCUUUAAUAUAUAAUACAUUGAUUAACUGAGUUUUGAGAGUUAAUGAUCUUUAAGGUCAUGAAGAAGUGGGUUCCUGUUUUGCUUUUAAGGCUUUUGGCCUUGGGAGGCACUGUGGCUGCAACCAUUGUUAUGGUCACCACCAAUGACUCUUCUGAACUCUUUGGUCUCACCUUUGAAGCCAAGUUCACCAAUUCACCAACUUUAAUAUACUUUGUUGUUGUCAAUGCCAUUGCCAGUGGGUACAGCCUCAUAGUUCUGUUCUUCUCUUCAAAGAAGUGGGCUAGACGCAUUUUGCUUGUUUCAGAUACGAUUAUGACAUUGUUGCUGGAUUCAAGCAUAUCAGCAUGUCUAGCUCUGGCACAAGUGGGGAAGCAAGGGAACAAUCAUGCUGGUUGGCUGCCAAUCUGUGGCCAAGUUUCAGAGUUCUGUGAUCAUGUUGAAGGAGCUCUCAUUGCUGGAUUUGCAGCUUCUCUGCUCUAUUUUCUACUUCUUCUUUACUCUUUCUACAAUGUCCUCAUCAAUCUUGACACCCUUAAAAUCUAACUAGUUUCGUCUCAUGUUUGGGUUUUUAGUAUUAUUUUUCUUUUUAACCUUUGCUACAUUUCUAGUAAUCAGCAUGUGCAGUUGUUUGAGGUUAUUCAAUGUAUUGAGAUAUCGAUAUCAAUGUCUUUUUUGUAUCGUGCGCAACUAUGUAUCUUAUUUGAGUUGUAUCAGGUAUUGUUAACAGACAAUUUGGAGAUAGAGCUCCACUGAUUCGGUCUGAA